AUAAACACAAAGUCUCUACCACCAAAAAAAAAAGAAACAAACACGAAGUCUAAAAAAUGUGGAAAGUAAUAGAAAUUUGAAAAGUAGAGUAGUCGUCUCUUGCUUUCUCCACCGUCUUCAAAACGAGAGAUCUCCCACAGGGCCACAAUUCCAAGUUUUGUUCAUCCUAAACAUGACUACAGUUCUAAACUCGAAGAUUCACACAAAUUUUGAGUUCUAUGUUGCCGAUUUACUCGUGAAAAAUCCCAAACGCGUAAUGCACAAAAGGUGUUCGAUUGAAUUCCCCAAUGCUCAACACUUGGGUCUCUGUUUUUUUUUUUUCUUUUUUUGUCACGUGGCUCUCACGUGAUACGUUGUACCUUGCUGUUAUAUUCGUUGAUGUUCCCGCCUCGACGACUCUGUACGUUAACACAUUCAGAGAGAGAGAGAGAGAGAGAGAGAGCAAGAAAGCCGCAAGAAUCUUGAGAAACCGUUGCUACCAUGAAGCUUACUACUUUUCUGAAAGAUGCCGAGAGAGUAAAACUCUGGAAAGAUGCAAAAGAGCUCUUCGCUAAUGGAGAUUGCAUCAAGGCCUUUGAGAUCAUCGAAGAUAUGAUCGCAGUUCACAAGGAAGACAAGAACUCGUGGUUUCUUCAUCUCGAACAAGGUAAUAUGUUCAUUGAUCUAGCGGAAACGAUAAAGAACCCGUACGUAGAUUUCGUGUACAUGUUCGGUUCUGUAGGGUGUUUUUCGGAAAACGUGUUGUUAUCACGACCUUGUGCACAUGGACUCUACUAUUUGGGUGAAGAGCUUGGGUCAGUAUCGUAUUACAAGAAAUGUGUCAAGGUAGCAAAACAGUGUCUAUCUGUUGCGUACCCGGACGACUCUGAAUCGUCUGAUGCUCAAGAGACUUUGCAAGGGCUAAAGGAAGAUGUGAAGAAAGACAUGGAGAGUUUAGUCAACGAUGCAGAGUCAAAUAUCGCUGAUUCAAAGACUGAGAGACUGGUGGGUUCACUAGAAGAAAACUGUGAGUCAGAAGUUUUGGAGUCAAAGAAAAGUGCAGAGCUGGUUAAGAAUGAGUUUGAAGGAUUGAGGUUGUUUUGGUUAGGUUUGGAUGUUAAGGUCAAGAGGGACUUUAUGAAAGUGAGCAUUGCAAAGCUUAUUAGUUUUGUGGAGGGAGUCCAUUCCAGAAAGGGACGAGAUGCUUUAAAGAAAAUUCUUGAAUCUGCCAAGGAAGACAGGAAAUGGACAUUCUGGAUGUGCAGAAGUAAAUGUUCGAAGAAGUUUUCUACUGCUGAAGAAUGUAAGAAACAUCUUGAAAAAGAACAUGCUGCAGAUUUUACACCUUCAGAGGAAAUGGAUAUGGUCAAGAGGAUAGGCAAAGAAUGGGCUCGUAAGAUAUCGUUUGGAAGUUGGGAACCUGUGGAUACAGUAGCUGCCGUUGAAAUGAUCAAAAAUCAGUUUGGGGAGGUGAAAUCGUUUUCAUAUAAGAAUGGAUGGUCCAAUGAAUGGCCUUUAGCUACGGAUGAAAUGCGCAGUAAGUUACUUAAGGAAAUCAAAUUUUUCCUUGUGAUGUUUUGUGACCUUAAAAUUCUCUCAUGUAGCAUUCGAGACUGGAUGAAGCUUUAUCCGGUUAGGCAUCUUGGAAAACUUAACGUUUCCGAACAGAUUCUUGUUGAUUCUCACCUGGUGGAAACACCUCAGAGUAUUUGUUUUCUGGAAUGUCAUGAACUCAGUCAAAUCCUAAACUUUCUAAAACGCAUCAAAUGUGAACGGGAUGAUGGUACAAAUAUAGUUUGCAGAGCAGUGGACCGUAUCUUGGAUUCUACUCGAGCUAAAGAAAGUAUCGACUUUGACCCGGAGUUUUCACUUCUGCUUUUAGACAGAAGGUUGCUGAAAAGUAGUAAUAAUGAUCCACAUGAUGAUGAAGGGACAAUCAAUGUUUUCGAUCCCAAUGUUCACUACGGCAAAGCACAUGCUCAGGGAGAUGAUAUCGUAUCAUGGUUAACUGACUACAAUUCAGUAGAGAAGACCUUUCCCAAACCUAUCAGGGAACAUAAUCUUUAUAUUUGGGUGGCUGUUCUGAGAGCUAUUCAGUUCACAUGUAGAAAUUUGGAAACCAAAUAUGCAAAGAAACUGAAAGUCUUAGAUUAUAGUAAAGCUCUUCUUGUCGCCGAAAAUUUGUGUAAGGGAGAAAAUGAAAGGAGAAGAAAUCUUCAGGAAGAAGAGUGGAACAGCUAUGCAUCUCUUCUAUGCAAUAGAUGCGAAGAGCGUGUCCCCAGAAAUUCCCUCGCCACAAAUUUUUUUUUGUGUGCGGUGCAAGAUGUUCUCCAAGGAGCUUCGGAUCUGACACUUGAUCUCCCUGAUUUUGAAGGUUGCAUGAAUAUUAUACGUGAGCAUAAAAAUCUCAGCGAUGAUAUAGUGGUGAAGUCCUUAAGAAUUUUGAAAUCAGUGGUCACCUUCAAGGUUCUCCUAAUCGAUUCAAGGAUUCUGCUGGUUGAUAAUUCAAGGAUUAGUUUGCUGAACGACCUCACCAGACUUUCGAUUGUUGACAACCGCACUUACAUCGUUCAACUGUUGAAACCGUUCUUACUGAAUGAAAUUGUGAAUAUGGAAUCCAAAGCCAAGUCAGAUGCUGCAGAAGCAGAACUUUUACUCGAAGAGGAGAAGUCACGGUCAAAGAAGAUGAAAAAGAAUAGCAAAAAGAGAACUUCAACGAGCAUGUCUUGUCCCCUUUAUAAGACUGUUAAGGAUAAGCCUUCUGUCAACCUUGAACCGGAGAGUACAUCUCCAUCACUAACAGUGAACGAAGAUUCUAUGGAACCAGGUAAUACACUUGCAAGUGAAGGGUGUCGAUUGGAAAUUUCAUCCAACACUGUCGAUCAAGAGCAAGGUAUUCGAAACUUGCCUGGAGAAGAUUCACAGUCGAAACAUUUGGAAUCAGCACUUGGAGAAGCUGCAGCCAGAUACAAUUCAGCUCUUGACAUGACGCUGAAGGCCCUCUUGAACAUUAAGAUUCUCAAAGAAGAUUUGAUGCAAGCAUUUCAAGACCACCUGGAAGACCAAGAUCCUUCUGCGCUACAAAAUUUCUUUACUGCUUUUGUGUCAGAGGAGAUAAAAAAUGAAGGAGUCUACAGUUACCUCUUGAGUGACUUACUUGCUUCCCUAGAAGAAGCUAUUUCCAUGUCAAGUGGUGCUUCUGAGGUUCUUGUAGCCAUCCUUGAGUUUUGGCAUUGCUGGAAAAAUGCUGAAAUCGAUAGCUUGGUAACUCGCCUUUUUACAUUGGAGGAAAAUGAAAGAAUGAGUUGUAGAAGCUGCAGAAAGAAACCAAAUUAUCCAGAGCAAAGUUCUUACGGCAUUGUUAUUGCUGCAGAUUCAACCAGAGACUUGAAUUGUGCUCUUGGGAAUAUAAAGUUUGUGGAUAUCCUAAAGGUGAUUCGCAUGGAAUAUAAAAUGUUAUGUGACACUACAACAGGAGGAUGCGGAAUAACAAACUUUGUUCAUCACAUUAUAAGUAAAUGCCCACCUAUCUUCACAAUCGUGUUAGAAUGGAAGAAGAGUGAAACUGGAAAAGAAAUAUCUGAAACAACAAAGGCUUUGGAUUGGGAGAUAGAUAUGAGCAGGAUGUACGAAGGCUUAGAACCAAAAACUAAAUAUCGGCUUGUGUCAAUGGUUUGUUGUGGUGAAGAAGAAGAAUACUUUUGCAUAGCUUAUGAAAAGAACCGUUGGGUCAAUCUCAGACGUGAUGCUUUAGCAGGAGAGGAUGUUGGCAACUGGAAGAGUGUGGUUAGAUUCUGUGGAGAAAGAAAGGUUCGGCCAGAAAUUCUGUUUUACGAAGUUGUCCGAUCAACGGGUCUAACAAGUGUUUCAAAAUGAAACCUCAUCAUCGAUGUA